AUGCAUCGAGCCUACCAGCCAAUUUUGCCACGUGACAAUAAAUAUCUUCAGCUAAAAUGGGACAAAGCAAACGAUGAAGAACACAAGAAAAGGAUUCAGACAGCAAAACCAUUAGUGGACACAAGUGCCCCUGCAAUACACAGCCACCUUCAUCUGAAGUUAGGGAAAGACUAUAUAGUAUUGGCUUUGGAGGAAGACUGACUUUCCAUCAUUAAAAGAGACAAGCGUUUGCUGCUGGAGAAGAUGUCCUGCGUCAUGAGAACAAAGGGACAAAUCGACAACAAGAAUGGCUAUAAGGCAUCUAGUUUAAAUGGAGAAAAACGAAGGCUGGAGCUGCAGAGAGUGAGCCAGGAGAACCGUGCCAUUCAGGAUAGAAUUACAAAGUCCCAGCCUCAGUAUCGAGUUCAGCAAUGGCAUGAGGAUUGGCAAUGAGCUGAAAAACACAUGGCCAACAUUGCAAGAUAUCCUCAUGGGCAGUGUAAAUCACAGAGCCAAAAG